GCGACGCUCUUCUGAUCUUGAAUUCCUAACGUCGGUUCAACAUCGAUACUGGCAUUGACUCGGUUAGCCGCCGUAUUCUGUCCUCUGUACCAAUUUCAGCGCAUGUCUCGAAGGCAACACUCGGCACUCAGCGCGCAACCGCGACAAUGAGGGCCGACCUCUUCGAUUGUCUCCCGGCACCGACCGCGCUUCUUCUAUUGUCGAGCAUCCUCGAACUCACAAGCGCUCAUGUAUUACAACCACUGCCGCGGCAGACGCAAGUAGCCACGGUGACGGUCCCAUAUCACACGCUCAACGUUAUCUCAUGGCCGCUUCGCCCAACCCCAGCGCCUCACAACCUGUUCGCUCUCCGUCGUCGCCAGCAAAGUACCAUCUGCGGCUACAUCGGCGGCGAUCCAGCCCUCCCCGCGACAUGUAGCGCUGGGUCGCAUUGCGCGCUGGACACGGAGAACAAUGUCGUGGGUUGCUGUCCGGACGGAGACACGGCUUGCACGGCUGGCGUCUUCACGGGUUGCGUGGAUGCGAACAGCGGGCCCCAAACCGAAGUGAAUCCGUAUGUUUUCAGCUGUACCGGAGGCGACGUUUGCUACCAGAACGUAUUCGAGGGCGGGUUUUCCCAGUUCGGGUGCGGAACAGCGAGCGAUCUAGCUACCGUUGUGGCGGCGACUGCGAGUGGCAUCACUUCUGCACUGGCCCGCCCCACCGUUACCGUCUCCUACAGUCAGGGCAUCAGCACCCUCAGCGAGCCGACAACGCUCGGCACCAUUCCCAGCACGAGCACUACGACCUCGGGCACAACAUCAUCAUCACCCUCCUCCUCUUCCUCCUCAUCAUCAUCGUCACCAUCAGGCACCGCCGAUCCAGCCUCGACACCUUCCGCAUCAGCUGCCCCGUCGACGACCUCCCGCACAGGGGCCAUAGUAGGCGGCACGAUUGGUGGUCUAGCCGUGCUGAUCGCCCUGAUCGCGCUGGCCUUCUUCUUCCUCCGGCGGCGCAACGCCAACACGCGGCAGGGCCCUGGGGUAGGCGGCAUCCGCUCCAAGAGCAUCAGCCCGCCCGAGGGCGGAACCGGGACCGGAUUUGUGGCGCUCGCCCAAGACGCCGAGGCGUUUGAGACGGGCCCGGGCCCUCUGACUGCUACCACCUUGCACCCAAACCCCAUGACCAUGGCCAACAACACCACCGGCAUCACGACCGGCAGCCUGCCACCGAUGCCCUUUCAAAACGACCUCAGCCCUGGCGAAGAUCCCACCUCCCCCUUCGCCGCAUAUGCCGGUGCGGGCACGGCGGCCUCGGGGGUGACCUCGACCUCGUACAGCUCGCACUACCCGCCCAACAGCGCCUCAAGCGACGGCGCUGGGGCUGGGUAUCAGUACCCCACGUACCAGUACCCGGCGGCGUACGGCGGCGGGACCGGGGUGGCACCUUCUCCAGUGGUCAUGACUGUGCGGGGUCACGAGCGGCAGCUGGAGCCGGACCGGGUGCCGCUCACGCGCGAGAUUGACGACUUUUCGCACGGGUUCUCGGCUGCGCUGGGAAGGAUCGGGGAGGAAGGCGAGGAGGAGGUUGGGGAACUUGGGGCGGAUGCGGGCGGCAUAGCUGGUGGUGGUGAGGCGGGUGCAUCAGCAGCGGCGGCAGGAUUGAGGUCGCCUCCUCGGAGUGCUGGUAGUUCGCCUACUAGGCCGCUUUGGCAGCAGAAUCGGAGGCAGAGUCGGAAUCUGAUGUGGAUGUGAUGUGAUGAUGUUUCAUGGGCUAUGGGUAAUGGGUAAUGCUUGUUUUGGUUUGGGGGAUUACUGGGAAGCGCGGACUUGGGAUGAUAUCCAUCGAUGGCGUUGAUCUGGGCCGGCGUUGAUGGUGGCGCGGCGUUCAU